AAUUUCAAGAUGGCUGCCGAUGUUAGGGAAGCCAACUGUAUUGUGACGGGAGAAACCAGCCGAGGAAGUGAGCCGUACCCAUCGUCUAUGCCGUCACACCUCAUUGUCCAGAAUCAGUUGAGGGAUAUCAUUAUUGCACAGAACGAAGUUGUAACACGUCUGAGUCAAAAUGUCAGCCAGCAGGAGUCCUUUGUCAAAGAGAAUCUCAUCUCCAGAGAACAGCAUCAAUCAAAGAUGCAAGAACUUCAGGUGUCCAUGUUGGAAGAUUAUGUACCACGUGAAGAUUAUGAAAAGGUUUUGAAUGAUUAUGAGACCGAGAAACUGGAGCAUGCCCAGACCAAGGGGAAACUGAUGGAGGUAACAGAUAAGCUGGAGUUUGCCCUCGGUCAGAUCGAAGUUCUCACCAAGCAGCUCGAGAGGGAGAAAACAGCUUUUGAAAAUGCAUUUGGAAGUCUGAAAACAAAAGCAAUAAAAGAAACAUCAAAGAAUCAACAGCUGGAAAACAGAUGUCAUGAUAUCGCCCGACAGUGCAGUGAGAAGGAGAGCGUGCUACACCAGAAGGAGGAGGAGAUCCGUGUCCUGGAGCGCAAGUUACAGGACCAGGUACGGGUCAGCAAGUACAGGGUGAGCGAGCUGGAGGUACAGAGGCAGCAGGACCGGUACAUUGCAUCACUCAUGGGCGGAAAGGAAAAUAAGACCAAGAUCGGUACAUCCAAACACAAGUUCUGAAAGUCAGAGCUUGCAUGCAAGGAAUGUGACAAUAGGCCUGAUGGUGAUAUUUUUCAGCAAGACUGAGAGCUAUGUGUGCUGUUAGCAGGGCGUACAAAAUGGGCUUGUAAACUCUGAGAUAGUAGUUUCUUCUGUUUGGAAUGUAUGGCAUGACCCAGACCGUCCUUUGUGAGCAAAAUAUACAGCUGUAUUUUAUAGCCAGUAAGAUAAUAUGUCUGUGAAUUGAAUCUGCUAUCAUAAGAGCCUUCCUGACUAAUUGGGUAAGGUGUUAAUUCAUGGACCCAUAAAAUUAUAUUGUCAAAUUGGACAAAGGGAAGUAACUCUUAUUGGAAAAGGUAGUGGGACACAUACUAGAACAGUUACUGUUUUCAGUACAGCACCCUCUUCACCCACAUUUUGUGAGGUAGUGUGGAUCCAUUCUUUAUGAAUUAAUGUGGUUGAAAUGCUGUGUAAAUUGUCUAACUGGAAGUGUGGCAGUGAAUGCCUACCAUGGUCAGUGCCUAUUGGUCGAUAGAGAACCACCCAGAAAUAAUUGACUGGACCAGCAUUAGAUGAUCAUUCUGAUUGGUCCACCUUUAGGUGAUUCAUUGAAUUGAUUUCCCCAUUUCGAAAUGAUUGACUGGUGCCCAUUGAAAUAUUUGAUUGGUCCACAAAUUAAUAAGAGUAGGCAUUUAAUGUUAUGUUUUACAAUAAAGGCUUUUUAGUGUACAUGAUAGUCAUUUCUAAAGUGUCUUAAAUACUGAUCAGUAUUACAAGUUGUCCAUUAUUUGUAAGAUGAGGGAGGCCUCCUUGCAUGAUUGGGAGAACUGAAAUGCUGAGCUGUCAAAUUCUGUGAUACAAAGGGGUGACAGCGCUUUUCCAGGUUAGAUGCCACCUGAGUCAGUUGUUUGGCAACUGUAAAAGAUGCUAGGACGACUUUCUAAAUCGCAUUGUUUAUUUGUGGGAGGUACUAAUACGUGAUGAAGUCAUAAAGUGGGUGAAGCCCAUUUCUGGUGUCCCCCGCCAUGGUAUUGUUGGAAUGUUGCUAAAAGCAGCGUGAACUUAAACUCACUCACUCACUCUUAAAGUGGGUGUUCUGAUUAUGACAACUGUGGUGUUAGGAAGUCAAGUACUUCAUUUUCUCUCAAGCUGUGUAAGAUUGGGUGUUAGUGCCUGCAGGGUCACCAGGAGUUUGUUGUAAUUUGUUGGAACAGUUAGAACUUCUUGCCAUUAUUCACACCCUUAUUUCCCUGGAUGUUACAUGAUAUGUAUUAUACAUAUAUAUGAGUGCUUAGAUGGUCAUUACUUAGUGCAGAUAUAAUCCUAGAUGGUGCUACUCAUCAUGGUAUUGUGUUAAUGAUGCAAACUGCCCGGACAGGUGCCCUGGACAGGUGCACUCACAUGGUAUGUAGUAACAAUGCUAAUAAAUACUAUUUGUUA